AUGUAUUGCCUGAAAUUACAGUGUUCUCGCUACUUACGGAGGCCUAUCGGAGUGAAUUUGCGAUUGUGUGUCAGUCUGACUGCGUCAGACGCUCUCUGCGCUUUCUUCUAUAUUCUAACCUAUAUGAUAAAUGUAAUCCUGCCAAAUCUACUCUCAAAUUGUUGGUCGCUACUUCUCGAGGUAUUCAAGUUGGCCACAUUUUUUGCAUCAGUAUUCACCCUGUUGGCAUUGGCAUUGAACCACUACAUUGGAAUUGUUCAUCCAUUACAUCGCGUUCGUUGUGCAAUAGCUCUAGCCUACCUCGUGCCUUCAACAGUGUUCCUUGUAAUGUUCUGCACAGUACCAGGAGGUUUUCGAGCGCCGGUUGCAUUCGCCUUUUUCUCCAAGGAUGGGUGCAAUGGUGGCGGAAUACUCAGAAAUAUCAUGGUGCGAUGGGUACUGGUAGCACCAUUUAUACUGUUUGUACUGCUCAUAUCAUUUCUCUACCUACACAUUCUCGUUCAUAUGCAUAAGGUCUCAAAGGACCCUCUGCUGAAGGCGCAAAAAACUAAACGAACGACAAAUCGUAAGCUGCUUGUCACUAUCAUGCUUUUGGCCGGAUCAGCUUGCCUCGGUUGGUUGCCAACGACCGUACUCUUCGUUCUGACUUGCGACAGCUGUCUAUUUCAACUUCCAUUACGAGCGACUAUGUAUCUUCGAAUUCUGAGCCAUUUGCUCAAUGUGUUGAAGUUGGUUGCCGACGCUUUUAUCUACGCUAGGCGUUUAGUUGAGAUUCGUUACGCUAUGUGGACGUUUCGCGCGAGCAUAUGUGUGAAAUUCGAUGCAGUAAACUGCGGAGCAGGUGUACAAGUCGUUUUCCUCACUCUUCCACACUAG